AAAUAAAUAAAAUUCACUUUCUGCCGUCAGCCGUGUGAUUUGCAUCAAUCAAGACUCUAGGAGAUUGGUCAGUUUGGUUUGAUUUGAUGCGGCAUGGUACCCCCAUUAAAAUACAUCCAACAAACCCUCUUGCCACCUUUCAAAUUUCCACGUUUUCCUGACUCUUUAUUUUUCUUCGGGGUUUCCGAUUUCCAUCCUAUUGACGAAUCGCAAAUGGAAUUCGCGUAGAGAAGCAGUACAAAAUUACAGCAGGAGGGGUUGGGGUUAGGACUCCUUCUCCCACCGUCCCACGCUUCCAUCUUCCAUUCCAUUCCAAAAGGAUAGCGCACCAGAGAGAAGAAGAGAGAUAACAGAGGCUAUCACUUCUUUGCCUGCUGACUUUUCCGUUACUUGUUUUGUUCCAGGAAAAGAGAGGGGGGAGUUGGGGUGGAAAAAGGAUAAAUGAUGGGCGUUGGUUCAUUGGGUACCGGAGGAUCGUCGUCGUCCAACUUAUCGCCAUUAGCUCCGCCCUUCACCAUCGAUCGUUCCGCCACCAAGUCCAAAACCAAUACCUUGGUUCAUUUUACCGAAGAACCGUACCCUUACCCCUAUAACAAGCCUUCUUCCGAUAAUUGGCUUCAUUUGCACCCUCCAUCUUCCGUACCCGAUUCAUUUUCCAGUCCCAUUCCCGAGCCUGAUACAAUCCAUACCACCGGCAAUUAUGGAUACUUCGGUGGUCAGUCUAUGAGUUCGUUCGGUAUUCAUGGACCUUCUUUGAGGCCUAGUGCUGCCACUUCCUCCUCCUCUACCACCGGUGCUUUCGCAUAUGGUCAACACUCGGAAACAGCGAGAAGUGGCUUUCUUGAAGCAAAACCGUACUAUCCCCAGUACCCUGUCGCAGCACUUCCCGAUGAUGUUUCUUCAGUGGUCUUUACCGAAUCUGGUUCUGACGUGCUGCCUUCUUCUUCUGUUGCUCCCUUGAGUGGGUCCUCUAAAACCGAUUACGCGCAAACCUUAUCUGGUCUGGGCUACUCCACCGAGUGGAGUGGAUUCUGGAAUGGGCCUUCUGACGAGGAGCAGAGGAGAUGGAAGGAACUUGAAGGGAGUUUGUUCUGGAAGGAGAGUGGUUCAUCGACUAACAAGAAUUUGCUAAAGCAAGGAGCCUCAGCCUCUGGGUACUUGACAGCAAACCAAGUUGAAUCACUGGCAGGUCAAAGUCCUCUUGGAUCUAAGGGCACAGGAUGGCUAGAUUCUAGAUUGUUACCAUUAUCUGAGGAGAAUGUGGGGGUUGCUCCUUUUAAUAUUUCAAGAACACCAGUCUUGAAUCCUUCAACAUGCCAAGAAGUUCCUAUUCCUCAGGUAUCAUCCCCAGUAUCAGUCAUGAAACUACGGAGUCAUCUUGAUCCAAAUACAGCUUCAUAUGAUAAGCACUUCAUGCAGCUUGAUUCCUUUACAACCGAUCCAGCAGGAAUGUAUCCAUCAUUUAAAAUUUCUUCUCCCUGUCUAGCCAGCUCAUCAGCUGCUAAUUUCUCAAUACCAAUGACAAACCCAUCAAAAAAUUUCAAUUCAAGUGGCAAACUUGGAGAUGCAUUUGGUAACAAUGAGCUACCUUAUGAUCAUAAUUUCUCCAAUGCGAAGAAGCCUCUCAUCCAACUGAUUGCCAAAGGUAAAGAAGGUUAUGAUGAUGCUAACCAGAUCAGCAAUAGCAUUGAAGGAAAUAAUCACAUCUUUGUGGAACCCUCAAUUAAGAAAGACGAGCAAGUAAAGCACAACACUCUUGCUGAUGAUUCUAUUGAUGAUUUAUUGAAUUCAUCUGAAUUGCAAACUAAUCCAUUCAAACUCCCCACUGCUCUUUUAGCACCUGAUAGAGGUAAAGGUUAUAUUGAGGGUCCUUUUGAGACCUUUGAUCAGCAUAACCCUGCAGAGGAUUCCCCUUGCUGGAAAGGAGCACCAACUUCUCGUCGCUCUCCAUUUGGAGUGACUUCACAAUUUGUACAGGAGUUUGAGGGAAGCAAUAAUUUGGGUCUCAAACACUGCCAAAUUCUUCCUGCCAAUGUUGAUAAUGUGGCAGCAAUUUCCUCACAAGAAGUGGAAGGAAGCUUGGUCCACUACAAAAGUGGGUCUCUGGCAGGUGGUUCAUCAAGUUUGUUGAAAGGAUCCUCUUAUUUAGUAGGAUUUCAAUCCACUGAAAACAUAGUAAAAGAUGAUGUUGAAGUGAGAAAUUGUCAUUCAAAAGGGAGGACUGGAAAUGAAAUUCAAGGUACUGGUGACAUCCAAGAACUAGGAGCAGAAUGUUUAUGUACUUGCAGCAAAAGUUUUAGUUCUGAACUCCAAAAUUGUCAUAUGGAGCAAUUGAAUCAUGCGGUUAACAUUACAUCUGCAGAACAAGACUCAGUGGCAAGAGUUCAUGAUCCUAUGGUGGAAAUCAAGGAUGCUGUGCAAGAUGGUUCAUCUCAUGUGCUACUCCAUUCUCUGGAUCAUACUUCAAGUUCUGCAUGUAGUGCUGGUGUUCCCACUGAACUCACUGAACCACUAGGAGCAUCAAACAGUUCAACUGAGUCUUCACUUCAAAAGUUAGAUCUCAGUGUUGUGGUAAAUGCAUUAAAUAAUUUGUCGGAAUUGCUUCUUUCUAGUUGUUCCAAUGGUAUGCAUUCAUUGAGGAAAGUAGAUCAUGAAAGUCUUCAACAUGUAAGCAACAAUCUUGAAUCAUGUCUCUCAAAAUUGGGGUUAGUGAAGGCAGUGCCUCAAUUACAAUCUGCUCAACCAAACACUACUUAUUUGCCAAGGGCACCAACUAAGGAGAGUUCUGGUAAAAGCAGAUCCACUUUAAGCUAUGGAGAAACAAAUGAGCAAGACAGUCACAGUGCUCAUGAGGGAAAGAUGCACACUAAAAUGACUAGUAAAAAAGAGGAUAAAUUGCAGGAUUUUGUUUUCUGGAGUGAUGGAAUAGACUAUGAGUCAAAUAAUGACAUGACCCAGGCUAUAAAGAAAAUUUUAGAGGAGAAUCUUGAUGAAGAGGAAAUGCACCCACAAGCUCUAUUAUAUAAGAAUCUUUGGCUUGAGGCUGAAGCUGCAUUAUGUUCAAUGAAAUAUAAAGCCCGUGUUGCUUGUAUGAAGAUGAAGAUGGAGAAAUGCAAGUCACACCUUGUAGAAGGUGCCGCUGGAAAGCCUUCUAGCAUAGAGCAGUUGAACAAUGUCCCAUGUGAGACUAGUGUGGGUGAUGUGAGGACAUUAAAGAGUGAAGAGGGCUCUGCCGCAGGUGUUGCAGGGAAAUCUACUAAUAUGGAGAAGCAGUUGAUCUCAAAGGUCCCCCGUGAUUCUAGUGUGGGUGCUACGAGGACACCCAUGAAUGAAGGGGGCUCCACCGUUGAUAUCUUUGCCCAAGAUGUUACUCACUCAAGCAAUGGUAGUGGGACUGAAGACGUAGAGGCUUCUGUUAUGGCUAGAUUUCACAUUCUAAAAUGUCGGGUUGACAACUCAAAUUCAAGGGAUGGAGGAGAGCGACUAUCAAAUCAAACUAAAGUCGGAACAUAUGUAGGAAUGGAGAAGACGAUGUCCUGCCCAUGCCCCAGUGAUGAACAAGAUUUUGGGUUGAAGCCCCAAGCGACAAAAGUUGUUGAUAUGGGAUUUGGGGAGAGUAGAAACCCUUGGCCAUUUAUCAGAGAGAGAAUGGAUUCGGGAGAGACCCUCAGACAUGACAUGGAGCAUCAUAUUCGAAACUUCCACACUGAAAGCAAAAUUGAUUUGGAAAAUGUUUCAGAGCGAGGUGAGAAAGUUAAGGAGUUCGGGGUAUGUGUUUCAGAACCAACCAUCGAGUGUUCAAUGGUCAACAGGCCCGGAGAUCAAUGUCCAGCCAAUGGGUACGAUAGCUCCUCAUUAGAUUGGGAACACGUACUGAAGGAUGAAUUGACUCGAUAGAAUUGAUAGUCAAGUUUCAGAAAUGCUGGGAGAUGUUCUAGGCAGUUGAGGAGUUCAGCAUUGUCUCACUUCGCAUGCAUUGUAUGUACUUAAUUUAACUUUCUGCAUCUGGGGUUGGAACUGGAAUACUGUGAUUUGACUAUUAUAUUUGCAUACUUUGUGUAUAAAGCUUCUGAGCGAACUCUAAAUCCCUGGGACCAACUUUUGUUUUUGGUGGUUA